AUAGAAAGCAGAAUCCUUUGGAAAUGUUCUUCUCUAUUUCAUGAGAUAAGAACUCUAAUGGGGGAACAGGAUAACAAUGGGUUUGACGAUGACCAUCCCAAGACCAAGCCUGGUGCCUUCGAGAUUGAGAAACCUGGCCAUCUUCCUUCAUUAUCAGAGGAAGAAGAGGUGAACGACAACCCGAUUGAGCAAGUCCGGCUGACGGUUCCGAUAACCGACGACCCGACCCAGCCCACAUUGACAUUCCGGACAUGGGUUCUGGGGAUAGCGUCUUGUGCUAUUCUAGCGUUUGUGAACCAGUUCUUCGGUUACAGGACCAACCAGCUCUCUAUCAGCUCCGUCACUGCUCAGAUUCUGGUCCUGCCACUCGGCAAGUUGAUGGCUGCCACGCUUCCCAGGACUGUGAUUCGAGUCUCCCUCACAAAGUGGUCUUUCUCGCUGAAUCCAGGGCCGUUUAACUUGAAAGAGCACGUUCUGAUCACCAUUUUCGCCAAUUGUGGGUCAGGAGGGGUUUAUGCUGUUCAUAUCAUUACCUCAGUCAGAGCUCUCUACCAUGGCAGCAUCAGCCCCAUUCCAGCCAUGUUGCUGGUACAGACCACUCAGUUGCUUGGAUAUGGAUGGGCGGGUAUAUUCAGGAAGUUCCUGGUGGAUUCACCUUACAUGUGGUGGCCAGCAAACUUGGUCCAAGUUUCACUCUUCAGGGCAUUGCACGAGAAAGAGAAGAGGUCAAAGGGAGGCCAAACAAGGCUGCAAUUUUUCACCCUGGUUUUUGUAUGCAGUUUUGCUUACUACAUCGUACCAAGCUACCUCUUCCCAUCGAUAUCGACCAUAUCAGUCAUCUGUUUGAUAUGGAAGAACUCCAUCAAAGCUCAGCAGAUUGGAUCGGGGAUGAGUGGCCUUGGGAUUGCCUCAAUUGGGCUAGACUGGUCUACUGUUGCCGCCUUCUUGGGAACUCCCCUGGCCACACCACUGUUUGCCAUUGUCAACACCAUGGUUGGUUUCUUCAUGGUGAUUUACGUUAUCAUCCCGAUCGCUUACUGGAACAAUGCAUACCAUGCCAAGAAAUUCCCCAUCUUCUCCUCCAAGACCUUCGAUAGUACAGGGCAUCGCUAUGAUAUCGACCGGAUUCUGAAUAAGAAGACGUUUGACAUCGACUAUCCUGCCUACGAGAGCUAUAGCAAACUUUACCUCAGUGCCACUUUUGCCUUUGUGUAUGGGAUGACUUUUGCUGGUCUCAUGGCUACCAUUACACAUGUGAUUUUGUUUGAUGGAAAAACAAUUUGGGAGCUGUGGAAGAAGACUACGGGCGCGGUGAAGGACCGGUAUACCGAUGUGCACACGAGGCUGAUGAAGAAGAACUAUGAAGCAGUACCGGAAUGGUGGUUCUUGAUCGUCCUGGCUAUCUCUCUCGCUCUGGCGUUUCUUGCUGUUGAAGGUUUCAACAGACAGCUACAGCUUCCAUGGUGGGGACUCCUCUUAGCAUGUUGCAUUGCCCUUACCUUCACCUUACCAAUAGGAAUCAUCCAGGCCACCACAAAUCAGCAAAUAGGGCUAAAUGUGAUCACAGAGUUGAUUAUCGGGUACAUGUACCCCGGCAAGCCACUCGCGAAUGUCGCUUUCAAGACCUACGGCUACAUCAGCAUGGCACAAGCCCUAGGGUUCUUAGCAGACUUCAAACUCGGCCAUUACAUGAAAAUCCCUCCCAAAGUCAUGUUUGCAGUUCAGACGGUGGGCACAUUGGUGUCUUCAACAGUCUACUUCGGGACAGCCUGGUGGCUACUCUCAUCGGUGAAAGACAUCUGCAAUCAAGACAACCUGCCGCCGGGGAGCCCAUGGACGUGUCCCGGGGACAACGUCUUCUACAGCGCUUCGAUCAUUUGGGGGGUAAUCGGUCCUCUCCGAAUGUUCACGAACAAGGGCAUCUACCCAGAAAUGAACUGGUUCUUCCUCAUCGGUGCGCUCGCACCGGUUCCCGUUUGGCUGCUGGCGCGGAAAUACCCAGAGAAGAAAUGGAUCAAGCUGAUCCACAUGCCGCUCAUAUUCGCGGCCACCGCGAACAUGCCGCCGGCGAGGCCCGUCCACUACUGGUCGUGGGGAGUGGUGGGGAUCUUCUUCAACUACUACAUCUACAAGAAUUACAAGGGGUGGUGGGCUCGGCACACUUACAUCCUGUCUGCGGCCAUGGAUGCCGGCGUCGCCUUCUUGGCUGUGCUGAUUUACUUUCUACUGCAGGACAAGAACAUCUACGGCCCCCAGUGGUGGGGAUUGGAAGGGGAUGACCACUGCAAAUUGGCGACUUGCCCUACAGCCCCCGGAGUCAAUAUCACGGGUUGCCCUGUUUUGUAAUUCUAGUAAUGUUAUUUUUUUAGCCCGCUGUGCUUCGACAUUCCACAUCAUAUUAUAGGACAAAUCUUAGAGGGGAAAAAAAAAAAAAAACAAAGGGAAUGAAGUUCUCGUUUGCUUGUGGGAUUUGGGUAAGUGAUUUGGCACUCAAAUCCCAAGUAUCAUGGAUUUGAGACAACUCCAUUGUUUGCUAAGGGACAUAAAUCUGUGGGGGCCACGGAUUUGAACCCUUUUUUUAGAUCCAAAUCCGUGAACCCCACGGAUUUGCAAAUCUCAUAUUUCAUUUGGGAUUUGAUCAUGGAAGGCAAAGUUGUGAGACAAAUCAAUGAUAAAUCCAUGA